GGAGAUGUUCCGGAAUUCAGUUCCACGAAACGAUGUCCUCGCCUUCGAAAGGGAAUCUCUCUCAAGGGACGAUUCGCACAAAUUGAUUGAUAAGUUGGCGUCAUAAAAUCGGGCAUUUUGUGCGAUACUCGUAACGCUGCAUCAUCGUUAUGACAACUUUGGUGCCGAUGGCGAGGCUCGAAUCGAAGGCCCUGCUGACCCGGCGCGUUUCACGAUUGGCUCGCGACGUAUCAGCUGACGUCGCGAGGAACGUGUCGGGCACGUCGUCCGACACGGACUUCGUUCACGUUCGUUCGCCGACGAGGUCGGAAAGCGUGACGACCACUUGUUGUUCCUGUCGUUCGUUUUUGCGUCUUCGAUCCUGUUCCUUCAUCGCGCGAAUAAUCACACGGAAUAAUCCGCAAAUAUGAGUGCCCCAGUAGCAGAUAUUGCCCUCAUCGGCUUGGCAGUGAUGGGACAGAAUUUAAUUCUGAACAUGAAUGACCACGGAUUUGUCGUAUGUGCAUAUAAUCGUACCACUGACAAGGUCAAAUCUUUCCUCGAGAAUGAGGCCAAGGGUACAAAAAUCAUCGGUGCUUAUAGCUUGAAGGAAAUGGUCGGUACUUUGAAGAGCCCAAGGAGAGUAAUGUUGCUAGUGAAAGCUGGAGCAGCCGUUGAUGCCUUUAUUGAGCAGUUAGUGCCUCUUCUUUCUCCCGGAGACAUUAUCAUUGAUGGUGGUAACUCUGAAUAUCAGGACACUGAGAGACGUACCAAGGACUUGGAGAAGAAAGGGCUUCUUUUUGUGGGCAGUGGAGUCAGUGGAGGUGAGGAUGGCGCCAGAUACGGACCAUCCUUGAUGCCUGGUGGCAAUCCUAAAGCAUGGCCGCAUAUUAAAUCCAUCUUUCAAUCGAUUGCCGCGAAAGUCGACGGAGAACCGUGCUGCGAUUGGGUCGGCGAAACCGGCGCGGGACACUUUGUCAAGAUGGUGCACAACGGCAUCGAGUACGGCGACAUGCAGAUCAUUUGCGAGGCGUAUCACAUAAUGCGGGAAGCUCUGCAGCUCACGCAAGAGGAAAUGAGCGCGACGUUUGACGAGUGGAACAAGAGCGAGCUGAACUCGUUCCUGAUCGAGAUCACGCGCGAUAUACUCAAGUACAAGAACGAGAAGGGCUAUUUGCUCGAACGCAUCAGGGACACUGCCGGCCAGAAAGGCACCGGCAAGUGGACAGCCAUCGCCGCCCUGGAUUACGGCGUCCCAGUCACGCUGAUCGGCGAAUCUGUGUUCGCCAGAUGCCUGUCUGCGCUGAAGGACGAACGUGUGGAGGCGAGCAAAAUACUAACGGGUCCGAAUCUGGUGUAUGAGGGCGACAAGAAACAAUUCCUCGAGAACUUGAGGAAGGCCUUGUACGUCGCGAAGAUUAUCUCGUACGCGCAGGGCUUUAUGUUGUUAAGAGAGGCUGCCAAGGUCCAUAAUUGGAACUUAAACUAUGGUGGAAUAGCGUUGAUGUGGCGAGGUGGCUGUAUCAUAAGGAGCGCAUUUCUGGGAAAUAUAAAAUCGGCCUAUGACAAAAAUCCGAAAUUGUCCAACUUAUUGCUGGACGAUUUCUUCGCCAAGGCGGUGCAGGAUUGCCAUGAAAGCGCCAGGAUAGUGGUGGGCGCCUCUGUGAAGAUUGGCAUACCGACUCCUGCUCUGUCAUCAGCUCUGGCCUUCUACGAUGGAUUCAGAAUGGGUCGAUUGCCGGCGAAUCUACUGCAGGCGCAACGAGAUUACUUCGGCGCUCAUACGUAUGAAUUGCUCGGCGAGGAAGGGAAGUUUGUUCAUACGAACUGGACCGGACACGGCGGGAAAGUGUCCGCCUCCACGUACGACGCGUAAAAUUAAAUUGAACUCGGAGGACCUCUUCGGUCGAUAAUGUACAAAAAUUACGAUUGCGAGAAAAAAUUGCGAUAGUAAGAGUAUGAUAUAAGUAUUUGUGAUUUUACAGAUGUUUAUAAUAAGUGCAAACGCAACAUAAGAUAUUUAUCAUAAUUAUAAACGUAUCUUCCCGCGAAAAACAGUUAAAUAUGAUUUAAAUACGGUUUAUAUUGCUUAUUUAUAUGAACUAAAUUAAACUCAAAUAAAAACCAAAUGUCAAAUUCAAAAGUAAUUAAAUUUAAAUAUGUUUUCAAUAUGCAUCGAAAUUAAAUUUGAAUACGUUCUUGCUGUUAGAUUUAACUUGUCCAGGCAUAUAUAUGGAUCAUAUUAAUAUUUAAUAAGCAUCUAACGAACCUGAAUUUCUAAUUUGAUUUAUAUUUGGAACAAAUAUUAA